AUGGACAGCUCUCCCGCCUCGCCUUUGGCCCCCAGGGAUCCCAGCUCCCCUGAAUCUUCGAUCGGCGAACAAAUCGCCACUCUACAGGCCCAGCUUGCCGCUCUGCAGGCCUCGCAACCCGCCGCCGCCGCAGCCGCCGCACCCCCGGCCGUCACCAUCGUGCCGGGGAACGCCGCCACCGCAUCCAAGGUCGUGUUUCCCAAGCACGCUCGUCUGGACGGCCCCAAGUCGUUCACCAACUGGUUGCGUCAACUCCGUCUUGCACUCCCGAACCAGGUUCGUGGUUACGUUCUCGACGGUGUCGUUCCCCCGACCUGGACCGCCGACCAGCUUGCCGCACGUGACGACGCCGCCCGGGAAAUCAUCGUUGGCUCUAUCGACUCCGCCGACGUAUCGGCCACCCUCGACGCCAUCCCCAGCGACGACCUGUCGGCACCGCGCAUCUUUGCCGCUCUCAAGGCUCGUUUUGCACCGGACGACGCUACACGCACUCUCGAGUUGUUCGCUCGCCUUUGGGACUUCAGGAAGAUGCCUGCCUCCGUCGAGGCCUACGACACUUGGCUACGCGAGUACAUGUCGAUUGCUCAGGAAAUACGCGACGCCAAAACAUCGCUCAACGACGUGCUCGCCACCCACGUGCUCGCCAUGGUCCCGUCUUGCCUCGACAGCUUCCGACUCACGUUCACGGACGAGCAGCGAAACCGACGCGACCUUCCCGAACUCACGACGCUUACGGACCGCAUUCGCAUCCAGCUUCGUUCGGCAGGACUCUCGACCUCGCAUUCGGCCAUGCUUGCCACGCGCUCCCCUUGCCCCGCCUGCCGCGCUCCCGGUCACCGCCUGCGCGACUGCACUUCACGUGCGAAGCACCCGCCCACCGGCCCCUGCCGCCGAUGCCACAAGAAAGGUCACUGGGCACUCGACUGCAAGAACCGGGGUGAACAGGCACGUAGCAGCGACGACACCCAGGACGACACGUCUUCCUCCGCGGCCUCGCAACCGAACGUCGGCUAUUUCGCCUCCUGUCUCUUCGCUCGUCGCCAACUCCCAACUGACGCCUUUGUAGUCGAUUCGGGUGCCACGACACACAUGGUCGCCGACCGAUCUCUAUUCACGACUUAUCGUCAGACGGCACACACCAAGAUCGGCGGCAUCGCGGGCGGCAUCACGGCUAUCGGCAUGGGGGACGUGGCAUUCGUCGCCAAGACUGGACACCCGAUCACGCUCCGUGGUGUUCUUCACACGCCUGGCCUACACGUCAACCUCCUCUCUGUCUCUCGCCUCUGCGACACCGACCGCGUUCGUCUCGCCUUCACCAGCGACGGCAUCGACAUCGCCAAGGACGGCCGGGCCAUUGCUCACGGUACCAGGGUCAACGACGGUCUUUACCUUUUGGACGCGGAUUACACCAAGUGUCAGCAUCUUGCCUUCCUCUCACGCUCUGAGUCUCCCGUGCCCCUGCUUACCCUACACCGCUGCCUCGGCCAUCUUGCCCCAUCCUCUAUACAGAAGAUGAUUGCUGCAGGUUUGCUGGACGGGUUUGGGGCCGGGUACAGUGACAAAGACGUAGAGGAGUUUGUUUGCAAUGCUUGCCUUGGUUCCAAAGGUCACCGCCUUCCCUUUCCCGACUCUGAGUCGCAUUCCGCCGAGAGACUUGGCCUCGUGCACAGCGACGUCCUGUCGUUCCCCACUCCGUCCUUGACCGGGAAGCGCUACCUUGUCACGUUUCUAGACGACCACUCUCGCAAACUCUGGGCAUAUGCGAUCGAUCACAAAAGCGAUGUUUUCCCGACCUUCCAGACUUGGCUCGCCGAAGUGGAGUUAGAGACGAACGCGCGGUUGAGGAUCCUUCGAACCGACAAUGGCGGGGAGUACCGAUCAAACGCAUUCACGGAGUUCUGCAAAUCCAAGGGCAUUCGUCGUCAAUACUCUAUCCCUUACACGCCUCAACAAAACGGUCGCGCCGAACGUGUCAACCUCUCCAUCGUCGAGGGCGUCCUCGCUCUCCUUGCGGACGCCCGUCUGCCGGCCACCUUUUGGGAUGAAGCGGCUGCGUAUUUCGUUUAUUGCAAAAACAGGUGCUCACACUCAGCUUUGGCCAAACAGACUCCAGAAUCCGUUUGGAACGGCCAACGCACCACCGCCACCGCCCUCCACCCGUUCGGCUGCACAGCCUGGCUCACGGUCGCCCCGGACCUUCGCAGCAAGCUCGACCCCAAGGCCGCGCGCGUGAUCUUCACAGGUUACGACCUCGCCUCCAAAGCUUUCCGUUUCUUUGACCAUUCCAUCAACAAGAUUGUACUUGGUCGCAAUGCCACCUUCCUCGACGACGACUUCCCCGGCCUGCCAGUCACCACGCCCGUCGAUGCAGACGACACCGACCGUCAGUUCGUCGUUCCCGCCGACACGCCCGCCCCUGCCGUCAAGACGAGGACCCCACUAGUAAGGUCGGCGCACAUGGACGUCUCAUCCUCCCUUGAUGAUUCUGCCAUGAGCGCCGUUGACGUGGCCCCAGGGUACACUGGCGGAACCUUACUUAAUUCCACAGAUACCGAAUCGUCCUCGUCACCGUCUCCUGAGCCGUCCUCGUCACCGUCGCCCACAAACCCUUUGUCACCGUCGCCUGCGCUGUCACCGUCGUUGGCAGCGUCAUCGUCACCCUCGGUCUCACCGACCGACUCUGACUACUCCGCCGACCCUCUGGACCUCAUCGGCUCACAGACCCCGACUCGCCUUGGCCCACCGGACGUGCACCGCCCAGACUUCAGCACGUACCGUGAGCCCGCAUCGGCUGAGGAGUCGCCCGACGAACUCGACAUCAUUGGGCGUCACUCACGCGAUGAAUCGCCGGAUGAAAUCGAUUUCCUCACCCAACACCACCGCGCCUUCAUCGCCACAGACGACGACGACCCCACCCUCGACGCCAUCGAGCCCGUCAAAUCGAUCACUAGCGACCCCCAGACCUGGCGCGAAGCAAUGUCCAGCGACGAGCACAACAUCUGGGCUGAGGCCGCCGCCGCCGAGUUCACCGCCAUGCGCGACGACUUCAAGGUGUUCACCAUCGAGCCUCGCUCAUCUGUACCGCCGGGCGCCACCAUCGUCACCUCCAAAUUCGUCUGGAAGACCAAGCGCAACGCAAGCGGUGAAGUCACGGGGCGGUGUUGAACUUCGCUCCAUCUCACUUCUAGGACAAUAUGCGCUCACUGAAGUAGAGGUGCCUCGCCUUUUGGUGCAGUGGUAUAUUGUUCCUUCAUAGGUUAUGAGCCCAGAGCAACCAGCAGGUCAUGAGUUCAAUCCCCCCUGGGGUCAGGCAAUUUUGCGCGCAUACACUCAGCGUCCCGGCCCCCGCACUUGCCCAGCAGCGUGCCAAGCACCCUGGCGCAUCGACAGUGCUCACAGUGCCCAAGCUGCACUUGCCCAAGCGACCUGAUCAACAUGCCCAGUUGCCUCACAAGCCGCACCCACUGCCACAAGCUCUUCAGCUUCGCGCACAGGGGGGUGUUGAACUUCGCUCCAUCUCACUUCUAGGACAAUAUGCGCUCACUGAAGUAGAGGUGCCUCGCCUUUUGGUGCAGUGGUAUAUUGUUCCUUCAUAGGCGGAAGGCACGUCUUGUAGCGCAGGGUAACCGACAGCGCGACGGCAUCGACUUCUCAGAAACCUUCGCACCCGUCGCCCGUUUCUCCUCCAUUCGCUGCCUCCUGGCUCUUGCCGCUGCCAAUGGCUACCACGUUCAUCAGGCCGACAUCGACAAGGCUUACCUCCACGGCGAGCUCGAUCAUGAUAUCUGGAUGACGACACCACGCGGUUUCGACUUCCCGAGCGAUAAGGUUCUCCGGCUGCGACGCUCAAUCUACGGUCUCAAGCAGGCCGGUCGCAUCUGGAAUCGUCACAUUGACACAUCACUCAGGAAUCUGGGGUACAAGGCAACAGGCACUGAUCACUGCAUUUACUCUCGCAUUGACGAUCAGCAGCGGCCUCACUAUAUCGCCUUGUAUGUCGACGACCUCCUCAUUGUCAGUCCAGCCCUCGACGAGAUCGAACGUGUCAUCUCCGGCCUUGAACAGCGGUACGGCGUCAAACGACUCGGCCCCGCGGAGUACAUCCUCGGAAUCCAAAUACGCCGCCUGGACGACGGUUCCAUUGCUCUAUCCCAGGAGCGCUACAUCAUGGACGUGCUGGCCCGUUUCCACUUCGACACCACGACACGCGGCACUACGGUGCCGAUGACGCCCGGCCUCUCGCUCACGGCAAUUCCGGGUCAGGGAACGGAGCGCAUUCGUUCGUGGUACCUACAGGCCAUCGGCUCCCUCCUCUACAUCUCCCUUGGCACUCGACCCGACAUUGCCUUCGCCGUCUCGUACCUGUCCCGGUUCGCCAACAACCCCGGCCGCCGCCAUUGGAUUGCCGUCAAACACGUCCUUCGCUACCUUCGCGCCACGUACCGCGAUGAGCUUCUCUAUGCCCGCGGCCCAGCAAAAGUCACGGGUGUGGUUGGUUAUUCUGAUGCGAACUGGGGCGCCUGCGUCGACACAUCCAUUUCAACGAUGGGCUACGUAUUUUACUUGGCAGGCGCCGCUGUCUCUUGGUCGUCGAAGCGUCAGACUCGGGUAGCGGAUUCCACCACUGAUGCCGAGUACCUGGCCUUGUCGCACGCGGGUAAGGAAGCGAUCUACCUUAACCAACUCCUCUCCGAGCUCCACGUUUGCCCAAUCGCUGCAGCUCACAUCUUCACCGACAACGAGGCCGCGGCCGCCGUCGCUCACGACCCCGUUCGCACCUCCGGCACCCGGCACAUUCGCCUCCGCGAGCAUUUUGUCCGUGACAUGGUCAAUCGAGGUGAUAUCUCUCUCUCACACGUUGGCACAGCAGACAUGGUUGCGGACGUAUUCACCAAGGCGCUAGGCCCCAAGAUUUUUGGUACACAUUGCUAUGCUCUAGGCCUCCGGACGCGACAUCCACGGCUCAAGUCUACCUCGCGUUCGCGUGGGGGGGGGUGUGAGGAAUCCACUCUCCGCUCGGCUCAGGACUUAGGCGCGCGGAGCGAACCGGGCGCGGACUUAGGCGCGCGGAGUGAGCCGGGCGCCCCGGCCCAGGACUUAGGCGCGCGAAGCGAGCCUGGGACUUAG